AUGAGCUCGCGCAACGUCGAAAAUCGCGAUGAGUUGUCUUCCACUAACACACACAACACGAUGACAGUCCUGACUGACCACUACUAUAGGCUUGCCUCCGAGCUUCCAGAUGAACGUAUCGAGGCAGUCAUCAGUCUUUUCAAAGACUUGAACAGCCUGGACUCCAAGGACGAUUGGGUCUAUGCCUUGAACAGACUUGUCAAAGGUUUGAUCACCUCCAGACAAAGUGCCAGAUUUGGGUUUUCUAUGGCUCUUGUUGAGGUCAUACGAGAGCUCAUCAACCGUGACUCAGACGAAUAUAAGGAGUUCACCAUCGCUUCCUUCUUGGAGCUUGUUUUGCUGACCACACAAGUCAAGGCAUCUAUGAAAGGCAAAGAGGAACGUUCGGUGUUGUUCGGUAGAUUGUUCGGAUUGCAAAUCUUGAUCAACUCCCACAUGUUGUUUGACUCCGUUCUCGUGGCGAAAGAGGGAGAAGAUAUUCUCUUCAAAUUUGUUUCUUCGUUAGUCGAAUUGUCCACCUUGAAAUCUUGGUUGAGGGAAACUGCGAUCUUUACCUUGUGCCAAUUUAUUACCCAACUUAAUGCAAGCGAAUUGUCUGCUAACUUGAAGGAACUGGUAUUAUCAACGAUCUUGCAAAGCACCAACGAUCAGGGCUUAAAUUUAUCCACCGAGGGAAUUGCCAUCUACUUAUCCAUCCCAAAGGAACAGAGAUCAACUCUUGCUGCGGCCAUUAAGAACCCUAAAGCCAACUGGAAAAAUGGCGACCCUUUCUCCAAGGGGAACUUGCCCAUCCUUUCCAAGGCAUUGAAGGAUGUUGAAGUGAUUGAAGACGAAGAAGAAAACCAGAAGGGCAAAAACUCUAAGCAAAAGGGCAGUUGGUCUCCUAGACUCCCAUUUGUAUGGAUUUCAAUCAUAGAAUCGUUCAACAAUCAAGAAGAAGACGACGACGAGGAAGUCGAGGAAAGCUCCAAGAAGAGGAAGAAGUCCUCCUCUUCGAAAUCUAAGAAGAAAAAGCAAACUUCUGACAGCAUUUCAUUACAAGAAUUUUGGAAAGUUGUUGUGGAUGAAACUCUCUUUUCUGAAAAGUCUUCUCAUGAAAGGAAGUUUUGGGGUUUCGAAUUAUUUGGUAAGUUCUUAGAAUCCAUUGACAACCAUGAACAAGUUGAACAUGUAUUUACUACUAACUUCAUGAGAUGUCUUAUCAACCAAAGCAGUCAGGCCAAUAGAUUUCUUCACAAAGUGGCCACUAAAUCGUUGGAGCUAAUGGUGAGGGUGUCUAAAGACAAUUUCUUGAAGGCUCCAGUAAUUUUGGCUAAGCUUUUAAACGAGAACAACGGUGGAUGUUGGAACUUUGAUUUGGUAACUAAAUCUAGAACUGUGGAUUCAUUAGUAUCAAUUCUCAAUGAUGUCGACUCCGACAAGGUCAAAAGUGAGGAAGUUGAAUUGGUCCUUUACGAGAUCAAGGAUAUUUUAUUAAGCACUUUUAAUAAUGCAUUAGAAGGGCAAGAAGAUGACGAUGAGAACGAGACUCACAAGAAAGCAAAUGACAAUAUAUUAAAGUGGAGUUUGGAUAAAUUAUUGUUGCUUAUUAGAAACAGUAAGCAAUUGAUGAUCGCAAGAAAACCUAACUCGAAGGCCAAUAAACUUACCAUUAAACCAAAAUUCAUUGAAGAUAUACUCAAGUUGCUCAUUAAACUCUUGUUCUUCAACCAUACCGGACAUAAGAACGUUUCUACCAAUGUGAGAAAGCUCUGUCAAGAACGUUUGAACUCCAUCUUAUCCGACGUUAUUAGUAUUAAAAGAAAGGAUUCAUCUUGGUCCUACUUCUGUAUUAAGUACAUUUUGAAGAUAGAAGAAUCUGAUGAGUAUUCCAACUUGGUGGAUUUUGAAGGCGAAUUACUUGACAUCAAGAAGAGUACUGUUAAAAAGAUCAAGUCUAUUCACGAAGAAUCCAAAAGUGGAAGAAAGGAGGAAUUGGGGUGUUUUGAAUUGUUGUUCUCCAUGGUAUUAUUGCAAUUAUAUUGCGGCGACGAUGAAUCUCUCGCUGUGAUUGAUGAUUUGAAGUUUUGUUAUGAUGACUUUGUGAAGACAAAGAAAUCGAAUGGCUCCGAUGAAGAGCAGGCAAGCUCUUCAGUGGUUUUGACGGAAAUUAUUAUGUCUUUCUUAUCUAGGAAGUCGAGCUUAUUGAAGAAGUUAUCCUUGAUCAUUUGGGAAUCAUUUUUAUGUGUUUCCGAUAGUAAGGGUCUUACCAGAGUCGAUGAAGAGAGUUUAAAACUGUUGCUCAAGGUUCUAGUUGAAAAGGAGAAUAAGGAGGGUCAACAAAAAUUGUUUGAUUCAGUCAAUGAUUCUGAUGUCGAAGAGAACGACGAAGAUGGCGAUAGUGGAGAAGAUGACGAAGAAGAAGAAGAAGAGGAAGAAGAGGAAGAGGAGGAAGAAGAAGAAGAAGAGGAUGACGAAGAAGGUGACCAAGAUGAAGCCGAUGAUGACGAUGUGGCCGCACUCGACAAAGAGACUAACUUAAAAUUGGCACAAGCUUUAGGCAUUCCAACCAGUGGAUCAGGUGAAGUGAAAUUUGACGAAUUGUCAUCAGAUGAUGAGGAAGCAUCAGACAUGGACGACGAGGAAAUGAUGGCCAUGGACGAUCAGCUUGCAAAGAUCUUCAAGGAAAGACAUGAUGCUUUGGCAAACAUUUCUAGCGGAAGUAAGAGAAAGGCAGAAGUGGUUGAAGCCAAGGAGCAGAUGAUCUUUUUCAAGAGCAAGAUCUUGGACUUGUUGGAUAUUUUCAGCAAGAUACAACCUCAAUCAGAAUUGAACUUGUACAUAGUGGAGCCAAUUGUGGUCCUUAUUCACUUGACUAUGGAUAAAAACUUGCAAUCCAAGGCUCACAAAUACUUGAAGACCCGGUUGAGUAAGUGCUUGAUUGACAAGGACGCUUUCAACCAAAAGGAAGCAUCUGCCCAACAGCUGUUUAUCGAUUCUAAAUUGAAAAUGCUCAAAGAGAUUCAAAAGAGAGCAGCAGCCAAGAAACCUAACCAGGCACAUACUUUAGCAUGCAACCAAGCCUGUAUUAUACUUUCCAAAAACAUCAUCAAUGUCAAAGCCGAAGAGGUCGAUACGAUUAUUGAUGUCUACAGCGAGAGCUUGAAGAGCUGGGCCAAAAGCCCUGGCAACAAGAUCCAGGCCUCCAUGUUCUUUGAUUUCAUCAACUGGUUAAACUCCAAGAGAACUGGAAUUUCCUUGAACAAAGCAUUGUCUAUCUCUGCCAGAACCCUCAGAAGUGCCUUGAAGCCAGAAUUCAAGGCUGCCGCUGAAAAGAGAGGAAUCACUGAAGUCAAGGCCAUCAAGAUCGAAAACGGUGUCCAAGCCGAAGCCAAGACCUUGAACUAA